UUCAACCGUAAAUUUAUGAUAUGUUCAUUUACCCCCUCACCUCCACCAUAGACAAAAUUCUCACCCAAAAUCUCUGUUUUGCUGCGCCACCGAUGAGUCGGCUCUUGCUGCCUACACUUUUCUCAAUCUCUAGAAAGCAGGUUCCAGCUGCAUCAUUGUUCCACAAUCUGUACGGACGUCACAAAAGCUUUGUUCAUUGGACGAGUGAGAUGUCACAAGAUAGUGUAAGAUCAUCCACAAAUGUUGGCUCUGUUUCUGGAGCUAGAACAUUUUGCUCCCUAGAAGAUUUAUCAGCGAAGAAGUGUGUGCCAUGCAACGCUAAGGAUCUGCGCCCCAUGACCGAACAAAGUGCCCAAGAACUACUUCAAAAGGUUGUUGGAUGGGAGAUGGCUAAUGACAAUGGUACACUAAAGCUGCAUCGGUCGUGGAUAGUGAAAAGUUUUACAAAAGGACUAGACUUCUUCAAACGUGUAGCUGAUAUCGCUGAAUCAGAAGGUCAUCACCCAGAUUUGCAUCUUGUAGGCUGGAAUAAUGUGAAAAUCGAGAUCUGGACACACGCAAUAGAUGGUUUGACGGAAAAUGACUUCAUUCUUGCUGCUAAGAUCAACGAGCUCCAAGUGGAAGAUCUUUUGAGGAAGAAGAAAGCUGCCCAGUGAAAUGGUAUAAACAUGAAUUCUGCAAGCUAAUUGUGGCUCAGAGUCCGCCAAUAAUAAGCUUCUUGGGCUCAUCAUAACUGGGAUGUGACGAUGUGUUGGUAUACAAACACCAUGUCAAAUCAAGCUUUAGAUCUACGCAAGAUAAGAACAAAAUGAGCUAGAGAGUUUUUGAUGUUUCUUCUAUGUCUAGGGUUCUUGUAAAGCUGUUUCAGGUCUUACCAAUCUCAAGAACCACAAAUAAUGCAGUGGCUUUUAGUUCGAAAAAAGUACCUUUUAUUUCAGAACAAAUUAAUAAUUUCGGAUACACCAUAAUAUAUGUUUAUUUAC